UGAGCAACAGGUAGACUUGCUCCAUGAGAUCCCCAGGGAGGGACACUACUCGGGCUCGGUUCUCCACACACUUCUCAGACUUCUCUCUGUCCACGCGCCCCGCAGCCCUGUCCGCACCUCGCACCCUUUCCAAGCGCUUCAGCUUUCCGAGCGCGUGUUUACAGAGACUUCCCUCUGCGACACAGGGCUUGGAAAAGGAUCUCGGAUUUGAUUUGUGCACAGAACGUCCACCCCGGGGAUUUGUAUUAUCUGGAGAGGUUUAAUAUGACGGCUGGAGGAAGAAGGUACAGAAGACCGACUUGUAGGAAUCGCACCUGAUCAGGACUAAACCUUUGCUUCAGUGCUUCAUCAGCGCGGGAAAAAAACUCAAAACCAUCUGAUGCACAGCGUCUGAAUAGUUGCUGUAUUUCAGCAGCGCGGAACCGGUGUAACGGAGCCACGCGUUCUGCUUCACGUCGUGCGUCUGUUUGCGUGACGCAGCUUUGGAGAGUUGUCGGCUUCGGAUGACCGGGUUAUGAUCAGACCACCUGUUGAAUCCUAAGGGAAUGCAUAACCUCCGAAAUGUAACACGAUCUAAUGGAGAUCUAUGAGUGCAUGAUCAGGACGGAGAGAUAAACCUUCUGGCUGCCUGAAAUCUGGUGCCUUGAACUGAGUAGAAGCUUGGAGGGAAAUGGCAUGACUGGAAAAGCUGCACACGUUCCAUGGUUCCAUGCUUCCAGUCAGUGCCUUCAUGCUGUCUUACUCUGCAGCUGAGACAGGAUAGCCAAGUCACCAUUUAAUCCAUCAUAAAGUGUUGUUUAUUAUUAUUUUUUCACUUUAACAAUGAUCACUGAGCUCUUGCCGGAGCUGUCACUACUUAAGGAUUUGCCUUUUCCAAGCACAUGUCUCCAGUCCGAACCAGACUUCUCGUGCUAAUUGAAAUCCUUCAGAAGUUCAAGGAAAUAGAGUUGCAUCUCAAGUUCAGCCGUGUCGAGGCACCCAGACAGACCCUGGAAAUUUUCUCGGUGUGCCAGCGGUUCUGAACAGUGCAUUAUGUGUGCCCAGGCCCCGAAGCUGCAGCUGGGUCAAUGAGGCUCGCCGCACAGCGCCUGGCCGGGCUCUGGCCGUGGCUGUUCACGGCCGCCCUGCAGGUGGCGCUGGGCCAUGCGGGCCUGGAGGUGGCAGCGACCCGCGCCCUCAUCAAGGUCACGCUGCUCAACCCCAAAGCCACAGAGAAGCCCAUCACCCUGGAAGGGGUGUUUGCGGGAAGCAGCAGCGGUUUCGCUGAGGGUAAACUCAUGCAGUCUCAUCCGCUGUCUCUGUGUAACACCAGUGAAGAUGAGCGGCAAGAAAACUUCUUCAUCAGCAUUGUUAAGCUGGAAAGUCCAGAGAGCAAAGUGCCCCAGUGCCUGCCACUUCUGGAGAAGGCUCGGCUGGCUCUCAACAGGGGAGCUCAGGCUGUCAUUUUUGACAUCACCGACGAUGUUAACGCUGCUAUUGAGUUGAAUUCUGGCUUACUGAAGAAGCCAGUGGUGAUGGUGAAGGCAGCAGACGCUGAGAAGCUGAUGGGACUGGUCAAUAAGAACGAGGAGGCCAAGGUCGAGAUCAACAUCAUGAUGGAGACACCAAAAUGGCCUCAUUAUGAAGUGGGAAUCCUCUUGACAGUCGUCUUGGUCGUGGUGGCAAUCAUUAUGAUCUUUGCCUUUCGUUCUCGCUGCAGGUCCAACCGAACUUGGGACUCGGUGCACCAGCAGACCAUGCGGGCCAUUAGCAGGCUGGAGACGCGUACCUACAGCUCUCAGGGCUGCUCAGGAGGAUCCCAUCAUCCACGUGGUGGUCGAGGGUCAAAUAGCAGCUCCAACUCUGGCCCUAUGUGUGCCAUCUGCCUCGAGGAGUUCCUGGAUGGACAGGACCUGAGGAUCAUCUCAUGUGCGCAUGAGUUCCACAAGGAGUGUGUGGACCCUUGGCUGCUUCAGCACCGGACAUGUCCGCUCUGCAUGCACAACAUAAUGGCAGGUGCAGAGCCAAGUGGCCGUCAGCCUCAGCGAGUUCGUGGACAUCCACCCGCAGAGCACAGCCAGGCUUUUCUUCACCCUCACCCACAGCAUUACCCAGCUUCUCACUCUUUCCCCCAGCACCCUAUUCCCUUCUCCCUACGACCCCAUUACCCCCGCACCCUCUCGGGACCCUAUCCACAGCUUGGAGCUUAUGGUGGCUCCCCUCCCUACCACACUCGCUUAUUGAGCACCAGCUGCAGUUAUCAUCUUGCCCCUGAUGGGCAACGUGCCCGACCUCGCCACAGCUGCCGCAAUGUUGGGCACCACUACACGUCACCGCGUCGUCCAUGCCACCACUGCCAUGCCAACCGGACGCGGCAUCAAAAUCACCACCAAAACCAGCGCCACGGAGGCUCUCAGGGGCGCCAGGAUGAGGGCAGCUGUUCAGGGGCCAGUUAUGGCACAGAACGCAGUGGCUACUUCCCUGAUGGACCUGGGAGUGACUCGAGCUCAGGCCCGUGCCACGGCUCAUCCAGUGACUCAGUGCUAAACUGCACCGACGUAAGCCUGCAGGGUGUCUACGGCAGCUGCUCCACCUUUCGUAGUUCGCUCAGCAGCGAGUAUGACCCAUUUGUCUACCACAAUACCGGUUCUGAAGGUCCGACAGGUAGUACCAGGCCCCGAUCUCUAGAUUCAGGAGUUAAUCAGACUAGUGGAGGGCUUGGGUUUGAAGAACCACAGCAGCAACAGGCUGUAUUCAGCCACGUGCACUACCAUAGACACAGACACCACUAUUACGAAGAGGGUGAGCCCAGCCAAGGACCAGGAAGAGGCUCUGAUGAGGAGCAAGGGCCUUCAGGAGUAGCAGCAGGCAAUUCGCCCAUGAGUAAGGACUCAACUUUGUGUCAGGGAGCACAUGUUGCCUGCCAUUGCCCCAAAAUGGACCCUAUAGACAGGUGUGGACCUCCUGGUGGAGUGGAUGAUCGGGACGCAGCUCCUCCAUCUCCCACUUCUUCCUUGCCUGGCACCUCAUUGCUGAUCCCUGCACCAGCCUGCUGCCACCCAGGGCACCCACACUGCCAAAAAAACCCCAACUGCAGCCUGGAAGCUUCUGCCCCACCCAUUCCAGCGGUGCACUUUCAUCAGAGGGUGGAUCUACAGGACGAUUGCAGCAUCCAUAUCCACUAUGGGCAAAGUCCCACAGGUUACUGCUGCCCCUCUCCUCUGGGUACAGCGUCCACACUGCUACCCGUACCUGUAAUCCUGGACUCAAGUGGGAUGGCAGAGUGGCCCUGCUGUAGGGGGGCACGAAGGGGGUGGCAAAAGCAGGUGCAACAGGCUCACUCUGAGCCACAGCUAAUGGGGACAGGCACUCUAUUUGACACACCUCUGUGCAGAGGGCAUCACAGUGCCGGGCAUGAGCUGCCCACAGAAAUCUGUCUCUACUGCCAAAGUGUACACAAUAAUCAGGGAUCAGAGGAAGAGUCUGGUGUUUGAGAACUCUCUCCAUCCCCAAACCUCACGCUGCUACACAAGAGCCGAAAUGGACAAACAAAUCGGCCGUUUCUCCCUCUCUCUCGCUCAUUCACUUUUGUCAUAGUCUUCCAAAUAAUUCCACAUCUCAUGACAGGCAUCAUUUCUCAUCAUCCUCAGUUUCCACAAUUGUUCUGUAAUUCAAGUCCUCAUGGGUUCUUUGGCUGAUUAAAAGUUUAGUUUUGGAAAGGGAUUUUAUUUUGGAUUUUUUUUCCUGUAAUUUUUACUUUUAUUGGAACCUUUACAUAGUAGUUUCUCUAAGAGGCAAAUAAAAAAAACCUUUAGGGUGCUAUGUGAAACUUUUUUCUAAGAACAUAAAGGUAUGUCAGUUCAAACUCAAUUCCAGCAGGUGAUAAUUGAUGGUUAAUGGUACUGUUGAUGAUCUAUUAUGUACUUGUAACCCAAGGUUCUGAACCUGUUAUUAGUUUUCUGUUAUUGUUUUUUAAGUCCGGUUUACCAUGCAACACUCAUACGUCUUUUCCACCAACAGAGAACGGGUUGUGUUCUGGUUCACAGCAUUUCGACCAAAAAUAAAUUGGUUCGGAACCUAAAAAGUUGGUUCCCAGCUGGAAACAAAAUAUAGCUGGCUUUUCUAGUGUGAACCAUGACGACAUCAAUGGGAUGGGCGUGUCAUUAGUUUGGAGAGGAAAUGGAGUGCAGCAAUGGGGAAUGAAACAGAAAAGGAUAUAUCUUCAGAAAAAAUGGAACGAAAACAAAUAUCUGCAAUGACAGAACAAAAGCUCGCAGGUAAUCAGUGCACUCUGCCAUCUUGCUACUAUUCUAUACUUCUGUUGUGCAUUGAGCAACGCCAUUCAUCUAUUCGUAACGCAUCCUUGAUUGCUCAAAACUGGUGAAAACAUGGGUUGGUUUGCUAGCUAGCACCAAGGUUCAAAGAAUCCUGAACAGAACUGGUUCAAGAACCCGUUCCCUGUUGGUCAAAAAGCGGCUUCAGUGAACUGAUGGUCAAACCUUUAAAAAAAGUGAUUUAUCUUGUGUCAUUUUUUUCUCCUUUUGAAAACCAUUCAAUAUGUUCAUUCAAAAAAAAAAGUCCCAGAAUGCCUUAGUUACCUCCAUGCAUCACCGCAGGCUUGGGUAGCAGAAGCAGGCCUUUAUCUUUAUCUUCAAAAUUUCCCCUUUUGGGAAAUUCAUGCUUCACAAUAGACUGUAAUGAUCCAUGUUGGUCAUGACAGUAUGUCAUGUUAGUGAAGAAAAAGAACACCCAUGUUGAUUUUGUAUAGCCAUUACUGGUAAAAUAAUACCCUUAACCCCCUCUUAGACCCAGUGUAUCCCUUUAACUGAUCUGAUCUUAUCUUUGCAGAACACUGAACAUACCCCAACAUAUAAUAUCAUUGAUCCGAAUGGAAAGCGUGCAUGGUUGAGGUUAGGAUGUCAUCCAAAGCGAUGAUAUCAUUCAGUGUUUGUGCUGCAUAAGAAAUAAGUGCCUGCCUGUCUCUCUCUCUCUCUCUCUCUCUCUCUCUCUCUCUCUUUCUCCAGCCUACCUCAGAUAACCAAUCAGAAAAGUCCUGUUCACGUCACGGUACUUCAAAAGUAAAGCUCUUGCCUGGCACCCUCUCCGUUUACUUCUGAUAAGUGAGAGAUAGGACGCUUUAUAUCAUCUGUCCGGAAAAAAAAAAGGAUCACUGACUGUUUGGAGGUCAUUUAGGUUUCGGGUCUUGUGCUCGUUAAUUUGAGAAAGGCAGCUGUAGUUUGUGUCAUGGUUUUUUGUUUGUCUUUUGUGUCCUUUUUUUUGUUUUCUCGGUUAAAACAAAGCAAACUGACUGAAAAACUGAAAACGUUAGGGUUGGCAAGAAUUUCAAAACCUACUUCUGGUCAUUUUUCAGCCUUUUGUCAUUUAGCCCAGGCUGAGGAAAUUAUCCAUGAGUACAUGCUUUUACCUCUGACCCUUUACCUCGUGUAUGACUCGCAUGUAUCUGUACGGAUAUGGAUCAUUGGAUCAUUUCAGAAACAGUCACCAACCUGCAAGCUUGCCAAAGAUGCCUCUUUUUUAGACUUGCUGCAAGACUUUCGAGAUUAUUUAAAAAUGCUGUAUUCAGUGUUCCUUCAGAAGUUGGUAUGCUUUAUCCUUGGUAAUAUAUGACAGUAUAUUUUUGUUUAGAAGAUAUGAAAAGCACAUUGCAGUCAUUAUGCAUUUUCGUAAGCAGUAGGCAAUGCGUAUUGUCUAAAGACAGCUAAUAAAGCAGCCCUUUAAUCAGUAUAGAGUAAAAUACAAUUGACAAAUGUCGCAAAAUCAAUUUACAUAAUAUGGAUUUGCUCUCAUAAUUUCGCCAGAAUGAUUAUUAUGAUUCCAAUUUGGCUUGAUAUCAUGUCUUUACUUUUGUUGCCGCUGUAGUUUUGGAUCUGUACUUUUUCACAUGCAAAGUUUUAAUUUCUUAUUUCAAGGUCAGAUUGGCUAGAAGGAAAAAAAAAGUCAUAUUGUUGCUCACCUUUCUAAAAGGUACAGUAAUACAUUCACAAAAUCACAAGUGCAUCUUCAAAAAGAAGGAGACAUCAGGGCAUCAGAGAACAAUGUUGUAUAUAGAUAAACCAUAGAAUUAAACCUUGACUUUUUUUUUUAAAUAAUAAAUAAAUUAAACCACUAUUGAUCCUAUACAUUUCAACUGGUGAUGCUCAGAGAGUGACUUAUUUAAACCAAAGUCAAUAAUUAAAUGGAAAAUAAUAAUAAAAAGGAUACGAGAUACCCGAUUUUUCAAAUGCCGGAGAUGUUCGAUUGUCUCAUGCAGUCGUUAUUGUUGUCAAUAAAUCUUUGUUUGUGCCUUGAAUUACCAUGAAGCUGCCUUACAGACGACCUGCUUUGCACUUCUGCGUUGCCUUUAUAUUCAUGUAAUGUUGGCCUGAAUGUUCUUUCAUUACAGGCCUUGUCUUAAAUUUACAAUUUCACAUGCAGCACUUUGGAAAAAUGUUUUUAAAAAAGAAAUGUAAGAGUGAAACCUGAAGCAAAACAAGCUAAGCAUUAUGUAGCUACCAGGACUGGGGUACAUCACAGAAAUCAACAAAAUGUCAAUGAACACUAAGGGUGACUUGAUCUCCUUUGUUUAUUUUUUUACUUUCAUUUAUUUGCUCUCUUAUCUGAUGGCGAAUGAGCUGAAACUGCCUUUUGAAUAGAGCAAACUCCCUCCAGAAAACCGAAGGGAUAUGCCAGUAUAUUUUCAAUAUUUUGUGUAAAAAAAAAGAGAAAGAAAAAAACAUUAAUGAGAUAAAGUGUUGUAUUUUAUAUAUAAUAGACAUUUUUUUAUAUAAUAAAAAAAAAUUCAAUAUGGUAAUGUCACUAAUAUAUUUAUUUACUAAUAUAUUUAUCCAGUUUGUCCAGGUUUAAGAAAAUGAAAAAUGUCAUUUUCCCUUUUUUUUUAAU